GUGAGCCCCCCAUCACCGCCAUCAUGCCGGACGUAGCCGCGCUGGUCUCGCAGAUGAGCGAGACCCUGGCCCAGAUACACGAGACCAUCGCCGGGCUGGACACUGCGACGCACGACUCCAAGCUCGACGCUCUGGAGCAAGAGUGCGACUCGGCGAUUCAGGCGCUCCAGGAGAGCUUCGAGCUGGAGUCGGCGGACCUGGACAGGAAGCGCAAGAGCGCCCGAGAGGAGAUCGCCGAGCAGAGGCGCAAAGAAGACGAGGAGAGGGAGGCCAGGAGGCGGAGGGAGGACGAGGAGCUCGCCCAGAGCGAACAGACCGAGGAUGAGCAGCGCCAGGUCAAGCUGGACGAGCAGACCGAGGGGAUCGAGGAGCAGACCGACGCCAAGAUGGAGGAGGCGGAGGAGGAGGAGCGCAAGAGGCUCGAGGAGGGCGAACGUCGCCUCGUGGACCUCGAAGAGAGACGAAAGGAAAUCAAUCGGUUAAUCGAAGAGCAGAUGAGGGUGCCCCUGCCCCCGCUGCCGGCCAGGAGGCGCGCUAGGACGUCUGUGUCGCGGGGGGCCGUCGCGGCCGCAUCCCGCUCUGCCCCCAGCGAGGCCAAGGGCAAGCCAGAGGCCCCCGCCGCCGAGGAAAAGCCAGCUCCUGCACUAGUGGACAAGUCUGUCCCUGUUGUUGACGAGAAGCCAGCGCCUGCCGCCGAUGAGAAACCGUCUGCUGUCCCCGAUGAGAAGCCGACCGCCGUCGCUGACGAAAAGCCAGCUGCUGCCACGGUUGGCAAGUCCAUCUCUGCAGCCGACGAGAAGUCCGUUGCUGCCGCUGACGAGAAAGCGACUCCUGAGCCUACGGACAAGUCCAUUCCUGUUGCUGAUGAGAAACCGACACCUGCUGCUGAUGGGAAGUCCACUGCUAUCGCCGACGAAAAACUAGUCGUUGCCCCCACUGAUAAGUCUACCCCUGCCGCUGAUGGGAAGCCGGUCGUUGUCGCCGACGAGAAAUUGGCCCCUGCCACGGAAGAGAGUCCAGUUGUUGCCGACGAGAAUUCGACUCCUGCCCCAGUGGACAAGCCCAUCCCUGUUGUCGACGAGAAACCGACUCCCGCCAUUGAAGAGAAGCUGCCUCCCGUUGCCAACCAAAUUCCAACCCCCGUGACGGGAGAGAAGGGCGAAGAAAAGGCGGCUCUCAUCGAAAACCAACCGAUUCCUGCCCCAGCCCUUGCCGCCGAAGAGAAGCCAGCCCCUGUACCAGAGGAGAAGCAAGAGACGUCUGGCAGCAAAGACAUCAAGGCUCAUGACACCGACGCCACUGAGGAAGCCCCGAUCGAUGCCCCUGUUUCCGCUGCCAAAGCCGAUGAGCACUCUGUCCCACCCAGCGUACUAGAGCCGCUUCCCGAAGACAAGGCGGCUGCCGACAAAUCGGACGCACCCAUGGAGGCCCACGUGGUCGAGGCACCAAAGGAGGACAUGACGGCGAAGAGCGAAACCACGCCUGCUGACGAGCACAUAUCGGAAGACAAAGUCGACAUUGCACCCAAAGCGACCCCUGCGGUAGAUACGAGUGAGGAGGUGGCUGAUGAAGCCCCACAAGCAACCAAAGUCAUCACGAAGCAGAACGCCGAAACACCUCGGCCUGUAGUCGAGAGGCAGGGCGGUGGGGAUCUGGCGAUUGCCAGCGUCAAAAAGGAUGACAAUGAGUCUGAAGAGCCCAAUGCAGCACCGCUGGCAAAUGGCGCGGUAGCUCCUGAGACACUAGUUGUUCAAGCUCGGGGGAUUCCCUCAGACAUGACGGCCAAGGCUUCAACAGAAACAGAGAUCUUGGAAGAGGCCCCUGCACCGAGCUCGCCGUUGGGAAGCCUCGAUCUCAAAGUAAAGUCUCUGGCGUCGGACAAGUCGCCGGCUGAUAGCCAAGCUGAGCCUCCAGUCCGCAAAGAGGCAGAUGCGAUAGCCGAACAGGCUAGCGUGACUCAGACCAGCAAGCCUCUGGCCUCCCCUAACGCCCAAAUUGAGGUCCCUGUCCCCGCCGCUGUUGACGAUGGCAGCGUGCACGCUGAGGAGGCUGAGAUGCCGACGGUUCAGAAGCCUGAGCAAGACCUGCCCAGCGAGAUCAAGCCUGUCUCUAAGUACAUGGUCGAGGCCAUCAGGGAGACAGACAGCAAGGCAGUUGCACCAACGACACCACCCCUGCAAGAGGCGAUGCAGCCCGGCUCCGUAGAGCCAGAGCAUGAUGAUCAUCUCGAGCACCAGAUCGAGUUGCAGCGAGAAGUCACUCGGCCUGAAGAGCCCCUGGUACUCCAGGAAUCUGCGGUGAAGGCCCAAGAAGCCGAGCCGAAGGUCGAGGCACGCUCCGCCGAUAUCCCGUCCGUCCAUGCACUGGACAGAGAAGAAAGCGUCUUGCCCGAUGGGACACAAGGCCUCGACUCUGUUCUCGAGUCUGAUUCCGAAUACGAGAAGAUUGGUGCCACGGCCCAUGAUGCCGCUGGCUCUGUCGUAGCAGCAGCUUCGGGGAUUGCCGAGACGAAGCAACUCGACCAACCCGCGCCCGCCGAGAGGCUUGCGGGAGAUGUGCUGCCACAACAACCCGAGCAUGACAACCUGUCUGAACCUAAACUCUCUACGACUGAAGCUGCCAUUGACAGCGAGAACCACGAUGAGGACAGCAGCGAACCCGAGUUGCUUUCCGAUAGCGGAGAGUUUGAUCUGCAUCACCCUGGAUUCUCACCUCGGGAACUCUCAGGUGACCCUCAUAAUCUCGCAGAGACACCGAACAGGCAGAUCGCUCCCCAGAUUACGGGCGCCGAUGACAAGACGCUAUCCACCGAGCCGGCUGACCGAGAGGCUGUUGCUGUCAUCCACAAAGCGGAGGAGCUCGAGGGAGACAAGCUCUCGAAGCCGGCUGUGGAGGCUGUCACGGAUAGCAUGUCCGGGACGGCUGCCGCGCACGAGAGGCCAACGGAGCUUGACCAUGGCGACAUGGAGGAGGCCGCCCAGCCCGAGGAGCGAUCGGAGGCUCCCGAAAAGGAGUCCAACGCCCAGGCAGAGCAUGCGCCUGUGUCUGACGCCCCCCUCGCUCUCGGCAACUCAGACCAGGACAACGAAAAUGCGGUUCGUCAAGAGAUCUCGCAUGAAAGCAGCGCCAAGCUUGAUGUUGGCAUUCAAGAAGUGGCGGAUGUGGCACAUGCUACGGAAGCGCCAAAGCCAGACCAUGGAGACGACCACACCAUCCAAGUCGGCGAUGAGGAGUCUGCUCCACUGGAAACUGCACCUGUUGCACCUGCCUCGGCGCCAUCUGUCGACCUAGAUGUUGAGCCGAGUGCGGCACCUGAUGCUGCCAAGGUUGCGGAUGUUGCUGAAACCAAGGCCCCCGUCAAGGCCGAGGAGCCCAACAAGGCCCAGGAAGCCGUCGAGGGCAAGGACAUGAUCAAGUCCGAGGAGAUUACCAAGGCUGAGGAGCACGUCAAAGCUGAGGACACUAUCAAGGCCGAGGAGCCCGUCAAUGUUGAAGAGCCCAUCAAGGUUGAGGGUUCUACCAAGGCGGGAGAAGCUACCGAGACCGACGCCGCGGCUAAGAUCGGAGAUGCCCUUGACGUCAAGGCUGCCGAGCCCAAUGAUGCGGCGGCCGCCACGCAUGACGAGGCGUCAAAAGUCCAGGACGUCCCCCAGGAAACAGAUGGUCAACUGCCAUUCGCUGCCAACAAAAUGGGCAUGGAUAUCGCAGAGUCGAGCCAGGUUGCCGACGGUCACUUGGACAAUAACACCUUGACCCAAAACGAGCUUUCUCACGAGUCUAAUAUCGUCAUCGCGGACAAUGCCCAUCCCAUGACGCCCCUAGAGACCUCGCGGUCAGCCGCCAAAGCGCAUUCGCUGCAAAUCGAUGAUGGUCUUGGACAUGGAGGCCAUGGACCUGCCGACCUCGUCGUGUCCGACAUGCAGUCUCAACUGCAGCAGAUACAAGAUGCUGAGAGUCAAGUCUUGGUAGCGGGAAAUCCCACCGUGUCCGCCCCUGUCAUUGACUACGACGACAGUCAUUCGGAAGUGUCCGGCACUGGGUCUGCCUUUGAUCUUGACCAUAAGCUUCCCGCAGUUCCGCUAGCCUCCCAUACAGGAGAGCCGGUUUCCCCGCUGGAUGCUUCAGAGUUCAGCUCUUUGGCGCAUAACACUGAUCUGCCACAUGAAGAUCUGCCUGUGAGCGACACGGACGAUGAGGCUCCGCAGCACGCACCGUCGCUGCAUGCCACCCUCGAUGCUCAUUCCAUCAUUGGGGGAAACAAGCUAGAUGCUGCCAAACCAAGCCUCGGGGCGGCUUCUAGAGCAACCCCAGCAAUCGAGGCACCUGUCAGCCAACAAGAAGCGGCGGAAGGACAAGCGUCCCACACCAUCCCGGCUUCGACUUCGUUUGAUCAGUACGAGUCCGCACACGAAGCGCAGCAAGACCACGAUGACAGUGACUGGGACUCUGAAGAAGACCAUCACGGGGCCGCGAGCUUGGCUCCGCUAAACAAAUCCACUGCGGCUGACGUGAGACAGAAAUCUGUUGUUGUGCCUCAUCUUGGGCUGGGAGUCGAUACCGUAGUGUUGUCCGAUGCUACAAACCCACAACUCUACGCAACACCUCUUCAACAGGAGGGCGAUCUUCACGCCCAUGCGCAGUACCCGCAAGCUUCCGCCAUUGAGGAGAAGACGGCUACUGUCUACGGGACUGACGACUUGUUCGAGGACGACUCUGAAGUCAGUGAUCAGAGUUCCCGCGGCGCAAAGGCUCAAGAAUUGGAGCACCAGGCUGCCGCUGCGAGCUCGGGGCAGGAACACGUCGGUCAUCACGACAACUCGACUGCUUUGGAAAGCGGCGAUGCCCACGAGCCAGCGUCGCCGGCGAGAGUCCAUGUUGAGAUGGCACCCGAAGCGAAGCUACAAGAAACCGAGGAGAUGGCGCCGGCGGACUCGCGACCCGAAUUGACGGUUAUGACAGAGCAGAGGCCUGUGUCUCAAGAGUUCAUGCGGAACAUCGAAGAGGACCUCAGAACGCCGCGGGCCCUGCCUGACGCGACCUCUGAACAGCCCGGUGCCGCCCCCAUGUCAACUCCUCACCUUGCCCCGGCUGCGGCCAUGGGUCACAGCGAAGAUAUCAGCCCGCUGCUGCUUCGCAACCAGUCCCCGGUUGUGCCGUUCAAGGGCCUCGCGGCCAGCCGGCACGCGCCGAGGCCCGACUCUCUGCAAUUCACACCCAUGAAGUUCCCAGCGGAGGCUGUGACAGAGCAAGAGUCGCCAUCCUGGGAAAAAUCACAGGAACACAGUGACUUGGAAGCGGAAGAGCGUUAUGGACAGCAGUCGCAGGGCUGGGAGCAGAACUCGCCGGAGCAAUACCCACCAGCCACGCCCCGAGCCCAGAUGCAGGAGCCACACGCGGCACAGCAGGACAGUCCCGACGCCGUCCGUGGCCGCUUGUCCCUGGCCUCGGAGCUCGAGCAGGCGUCAGGCAACACAUCGUACGGAAGCUCGUACGGGCACGAAGACGACGAGAUGGAGCCGGAAAUGUUCGCCCCGCGGGACGUCACCAACAUGUCGUGGCACGCGCGGACGGACUCGGUCCCGGCCUCGCUGCACAGCCGCACGACCCUGUCGUCGGCGCCGUCGUCCCCCAUCCACGCCGCGCUGCAGCAGGACAACCACGAGCCCGUGAUCCGCGACAGCUGGGCAACCGUGCCCCAGAACCAGCACGAGUCCCUCGCGGGGUUGGGAGGCGACUACAGCAACCGGCCGCGCGGCUACACGCAAAGCAUAGACUACGGCCGCGCCCGCGGCGUCUCCGAGGUCUCCCAGUACGAUCCGUUCCGAUACGACGCGGGCGGGCCGGGCGAGCCGAAGUCGGGCGGGAUGGUUCAGAAUAUCGCCCCAAACGACGCAAGCAGUUGGCAGCCGCAAGAGCCGGCGCCCCAGCAGACGCGGGAGAGUCCACCUCAGACCCUGGCGAGCAAGCGAGAGUCGAUGGCCGCCACCGCGUCCCCCGGCAGCCUGUUCCAGAGGAUGCGCAACGUGUUUGAGAAGCCGCAGGACGGCGGCAAUGCCGAGGCGGACGUCAAAGGGGUGGGGAGCCCCGCACGCUCCCGGCCCGUCAGCGGCGUCUUCUACCCCGUGAAGCCGACCACCCCGCGCAGCAACCGGAACAGCAUGGUGUACGACGGCACCGCCCAGGCCAGCACCCAGGGCGCCCUCGGCGGGUCCAAGUACGACAACCAGACGCCGGGCGGCGCGCAAAAGGGCUGGCGCCAGGAGGACGAAGGCGAGCACGAGGGCGUCGACGAGAAGAGCUCGCUACUGAGCGGCUCCGGCGUGAGCAGGGUCGGCGCGCACUGAUUACGCUCGGAGGAACCGCAAG